GCACCGUCCAUGCUCGGCUGCCUUGUUCUCUCUCUCCCUGGGAGAGGGGAGGGGGAGGAGAAGGAGCUCCUGAAAGGCCAGUUCUAGACCGCAUGUUACGCUCUGAGGCUUUGCCCCGCCCAGUCGUGUCACUCGGGGAACUGACCCACAGCUGAAGUUGGGGAGGGGAGCUUUCGACAACCCCCUCCCCAGCCUGGGAGCCGGUCCCAUUGCCUUUCACCAUGGCUGACCCCAUCAUGGACCUCUUUGACGAUCCCAAUCUUUUUGGCCUGGACUCGUUGACAGACGAGAGCUUCAGCCAGGGAGCUCCUGACCCCAUUGAGGAGGCCCUGGGGCUACCAGGUGGGGCUUUGGACUCAUUGGCAAGUGGAUCCAAGGAGCAGCAGCCCCCCCCACAGGAGGAGCCCCCCCAGCCUCAAACUCUGGCUCUUCCGGAUGCACAGUCUGAGGCUGUGCCUCAGCUGCCUCCGCAGGGUCAGCCCGGACUCCUGCAGGCCUCGCAAGACCAGGAGGUCCUCAGCCAAGGCAACCCGUUCAUGGGAGUCUCCUCCGCCUCCACCACCACACCAGCUGUAGCCCCCUCUUCCUCCACUGGGACCCAGCCAACAGCAGCGCCUCCUCCCGCCCCAAAGAUCGUAAUCUUGAAGGCGCCGGCGGGUGGCUCAAUGACAGGUGCCCAUGUCGCCCAGAUCCAAGCCCAGCCCAUCGGGGCAGCUAACGGGGGCAAAGUGACCUUCGCCAAGGUGCUGACGGGCACCCCAUUGCGGCCAGGGGUUUCUAUUGUUUCGGGCAAUGCGGUGCUGGCCACCAAAGUCUCCCCCGGAGCCGGCGCCCCGGCAACGCUCCAUCGUCUCGUCCAGCCUGGUCGGCCUGUCAAGCAGCUGGUGUUGCAGCCUGUCAAGAGCCAAGCAGGUGGGCCCACGGGGGCGACGCCUCUGAAACCAGCUGUGACGUUAACAUCGACCCCUGCUCAGGGGGAAUCCAAGCGCAUCACUCUAGUUCUCCAACAGCCCCCAGCAGGGGGAAGCACGCCAGGCCAACGCCACGUCGUCCUGGGUAGCUUGCCGGGCAAGAUCGUGCUGCAGGGGAACCAGCUGGCAGCUCUGAGCCAGGCCAAGGGGACGCCAGGACAGCCAGCUAAGGUAGUCACUAUCCAGCUCCAGGUACAGCAACCUGGCCAGCAACAACAGCAGCCGCCAGGUGGCCAACCCGGCACCCAGAAAAUCCAACUUCUGCAGCAACCUCCAGCCAGUGCCUCAGGCCAGCAGGCCCCGCUGAGCGUCUCUUCUGUGCAGCAAGCCCAGGUGGUGGGUGGCUCAGGCCAGAGAGUGACAGUGCCCCUCAAGGUUGUGUUACAGCCACAGGCCAGCUCAUCGCAAGGCAGUUCUUCUGGCCUAUCGGUUGUCAAAGUGUUGAGCAGCAGUGAGGUGGCAGCCCUUCCUUCCUCCAGUGGGACGACGCGGAGCGGCUCGGAUGAAUCCCGCAAACUAGAGCACCAGAAGAAGCAGGAGAAAGCCAACCGGAUUGUGGCUGAGGCCAUCGCUCGUGCCCGAGCGCGAGGCGAGCAGAAUAUCCCCCGCGUGCUCAACGAAGACGAGCUGCCCAGUGUGCGCCCGGAGGAGACGGGCGAGCGCAAGCGGCGCCGGAAGGGUGGAGGCGAACGCAUCCCCAAGGAAGAGCGACCACGCAAGGGCAGGGGUCAGGGAGCAUCCGGCAAGAGUAAAGGGCGAGGGAAGCCCAGCACCAUCACGCCGGUCGUGGGGAAGAAGCGAAAACGCAACGCCUCUUCCGACAAUUCUGACGCUGAGGUGAUGCCAGCCCAGUCCCCGCGUGAGGAGGAGGAAAGCAGUGUCCAGAAACGGCGCUCAAACCGGCAGGUAAAGCGGAAAAAAUACACUGAGGACCUGGAUAUCAAGAUCACGGACGAUGAGGAAGAUGAGGAGCUGGACGUGACAGGGCCCAUCAAAACGGAGCACCUCCCUGCCCCUGAACCUCCCGCACCAGAGCUGAUACCCGAGGGGGAGACGCUGCCUUCCAUGCAGUUCUUUGUGGAAAACCCCAGCGAAGAAGAUGCUGCUAUUGUAGACAAAGUGUUAUCCAUGCGGGUAGUGAAGAAAGAGCUCCCCAAUGGGCAGUUUACAGAGGCAGAAGAAUUCUUUGUGAAAUACAAGAACUACUCCUACUUGCACUGCGAAUGGGCCACCAUCACUCAGCUCGAGAAGGACAAGCGGAUUCAUCAGAAGCUCAAGCGCUUUAAGACCAAAAUGGCUCAGAUGAGGCACUUCUUCCAUGAGGAUGAGGAGCCCUUCAACCCAGACUAUGUGGAGGUCGACCGCAUCCUGGAUGAGUCGCACAGCAUUGACAAGGAUAACGGAGAGCCGGUCAUCUAUUACCUGGUGAAGUGGUGUUCGCUGCCGUAUGAGGACAGCACGUGGGAGCUCAAGGAAGAUGUGGACGAGGGGAAAGUCCGGGAGUUCAAGCGCAUCCAGUCAAGGCACCCCGAGCUCAAACGGGUGGCUCGCCCCCAGGCAGGUUCCUGGAAGAAACUGGAGCUUUCCCAUGAGUAUAAGAACAGCAACCAGCUGCGAGAAUAUCAGCUGGAGGGGGUGAACUGGCUGCUUUUCAACUGGUACAACAGGCAAAACUGCAUCCUGGCGGACGAGAUGGGUCUGGGUAAAACCAUCCAGUCCAUCGCCUUCCUACAGGAGGUUUACAAUGUGGGCAUCCGGGGGCCCUUCCUGGUUAUUGCCCCACUCUCCACCAUCACCAACUGGGAACGGGAGUUCAACACCUGGACUGAGAUGAACACCAUCGUAUACCACGGCAGCCUGGCCUCCCGCCAGAUGAUCCAGCAGUACGAGAUGUACUGCAAGGAUUCCCGGGGUCGCCUAAUCCCAGGUGCGUACAAGUUUGACGCCCUAAUUACCACCUUUGAGAUGAUUCUGUCGGAUUGUCCGGAGCUGCGGGAGAUCGAAUGGCGCUGCGUCAUCAUUGACGAGGCCCAUCGCCUGAAGAAUCGCAACUGUAAACUGCUGGACAGUCUCAAGCAUAUGGACCUGGAGCACAAAGUACUACUGACCGGCACGCCCUUGCAGAACACGGUGGAAGAGCUCUUCAGUCUCCUGCAUUUCCUCGAGCCCUCCCAGUUCCCCUCAGAAUCGGAGUUCCUCAAGGACUUCGGUGACCUCAAAACUGAGGAGCAGGUCCAGAAACUUCAGGCCAUCCUGAAGCCCAUGAUGCUUCGGCGGCUGAAAGAGGACGUGGAGAAGAACUUGGCUCCCAAGCAGGAGACCAUCAUCGAGGUGGAGCUGACCAACAUCCAGAAGAAGUACUAUCGGGCCAUCUUGGAGAAGAACUUCAACUUCCUCUCCAAAGGAGCAGGCCACAGCAACAUGCCCAACCUCCUCAACACCAUGAUGGAGCUACGGAAGUGUUGCAAUCAUCCCUACCUCAUCAAUGGUGCAGAGGAGAAGAUCCUGACCGAGUUUCGGGAUUCCUGCCACCACCACGUGCCCCACGACUUUCCCUUGCAGGCCAUGGUGCGUUCCUCCGGGAAGCUGGUGCUGAUUGAUAAGCUACUUCCCAAAUUAAAAGCCGGCGGGCACAAGGUGCUGAUCUUCUCCCAAAUGGUCCGCUGCCUUGACAUCCUGGAGGACUACCUCAUUCAGAAGAGGUACCUCUAUGAGCGCAUUGACGGGCGGGUACGGGGGAACUUGCGCCAGGCCGCUAUCGACCGCUUUAGCAAGCCUGACUCGGAUCGAUUUGUCUUCCUGCUCUGCACACGAGCGGGAGGCCUAGGGAUCAACCUGACAGCAGCUGACACCUGCAUCAUUUUCGAUUCUGACUGGAACCCCCAGAAUGACCUGCAGGCACAAGCUCGCUGCCACCGGAUCGGGCAGAGCAAGGCAGUGAAGGUCUACAGGCUCAUCACCCGCAACUCCUACGAGCGUGAGAUGUUUGACAAAGCCAGCCUCAAACUGGGACUAGACAAGGCCGUCCUACAGUCCAUGAGCGGGCGAGAAGGCAGCAUCGCUGGGAUCCAGCAGUUUUCAAAGAAGGAGAUCGAGGACCUGCUUCGCAAGGGAGCUUACGCUGCCAUCAUGGAAGAGGAUGACGAGGGCUCCAAGUUCUGCGAAGAAGACAUUGACCAGAUCUUGCUUCGCCGCACAACCACCAUCACCAUUGAGAGCGAAGGCAAAGGGUCCACCUUCGCCAAGGCAAGUUUUGUGGCUUCUGAGAACAGAACAGACAUUGCCUUGGACGAUCCAAACUUCUGGCAGAAGUGGGCCAAGAAGGCAGAUUUGGAUCUUGAUAUGCUGAAUAGCAAGAACAACCUGGUGAUAGACACACCCCGGGUGCGGAAGCAGACUCGUCACUUCAGCACCCUGAAGGACGAUGACUUGGUGGAGUUCUCCGACUUGGAAAGCGACGAUGAUGACCGGCCGCGUUCCCGGCGCCACGACCGGCACCACCAUCCUCUCCACCAUUCGUACGGGCGCACGGACUGCUUCCAGGUGGAGAAACAACUGCUGGUCUAUGGCUGGGGCCGCUGGCGGGAGAUCCUGUCGCACGGACGAUUCAAGAGGCGCAUGUCGGAGCGGGAUGUGGAGACCAUCUGCCGCGCCAUCUUGGUGUACUGCUUGAUGCACUACCGGGGAGACGAGAACAUCAAGGGAUUCAUCUGGGAUCUCAUCAGCCCGGUUGAGAACGGCAAAGCCAAGGAGCUUCAGAACCACUCUGGCCUGUCCAUCCCGGUCCCCCGGGGUCGCAAGGGGAAGAAGGUGAAGUCCCAGACCACUUUCGACGUCCAGAAAGCCGAAUGGAUUCGCAAGUACAACCCAGACACCCUCUUCCAGGACGAGGGCUACAAGAAGCACCUCAAACACCAGUGCAACAAGGUGCUGCUACGGGUGCGCAUGCUCUAUUACCUGCGCCAGGAGGUGAUUGGGGACCAGGCUGAAAAAGUGUUGGCCGGCAGCCUUGCCAGUGAGACUGACAUCUGGUUUCCGCUGGUGGAUCAAGCAGAGGUCCCCACGGCCUGGUGGGAUGCGGAAGCUGACAAGUCUUUGCUCCUGGGGGUCUUCAAGCAUGGCUAUGAGAAGUACAACACAAUGCGUGCGGACCCUGCACUUUGCUUCUUGGAGAAGGCAGGUCGCCCCGACGACAAAGCCAUUGCGGCUGAACAUCGCCUCGAUGUUGGGGAGGGAGUGGAUUUUGACAAAGAUUGCGAAGACCCGGAAUACAAACCUGUCGGUGGCCCUGCCAAGGAGCAUGAAGACGAGGCUGACCCGUUGAUGAUGAUGGACGAGGAAGUAUCUGUGGUGGAUGGCGAGGAAGGCCAACCGGGAAACCUGUUCUGGCCCCCAGCCUCAGCACUCACGGCCCGUUUGCGAAGGCUCAUCACUGCCUUCCAGCGGAGUUACAAGCGUGAGCAGCUCAAGAUGGAGGCAGCGGAGCGUGGGGACCGACGGCGGCGGCGUUGCGAGGCAGCCUUCAAGCUGAAGGAGAUGGUGCGGCGGGAGAAGCAGCAGAGGUGGACACGUCGAGAGCAGUCAGACUUCUACCGCGUGGUCUCCACGUUCGGAGUGGAGUAUGACCCAGACACCAUGCGUUUCCACUGGAGCCGCUUCCGGGCCCUCGCCCGGCUGGACAAGAAGACGGACGAGAGCCUUGCCAAGUAUUUCCACGGUUUCGUGGCCAUGUGCCGGCAAGUGUGCCGGCUGCCACCUGCUGCAGGCGAUGAAUCUCCAGACCCGACACUGUUCAUCGAGCCUAUCACAGAGGAGCGGGCCUCGCGCACCUUGUACCGCAUCGACCUCCUGCGGCGUUUGCGGGAGCAAGUGCUGUGUCACCCGCUCUUGGAGGAGCGGCUCUCCCUGUGCCAGUCUGGGGGGCCUGAGAUGCCGGUGUGGUGGCAGUGUGGGCGUCAUGAUGGAGAGCUGCUGCGGGGUGCGGCGCGCCAUGGCCUCAGCCAGACCGACACCACCAUCAUGCAAGACCCGGACUUCUCCUUCCUGUCGGCUCGCCUCAGCCACCUGCACAGUCGGGCUGGGGGCACAGGGACACCGCCACCGCCACCGCCUCCUCCACCGCCGCCGCCACCAUCACAACCUUCGCCGUUGCCUCUCCCAGGAGCUGCUGUUGCUACUACCACUGCUUCCCCUCUACUCCUUCCCCCGCCUCUGCACGAGCUGCCCACCCCCCAGCAGCCCCCAGCCCUACCCUUUAAGCCCGACUCAGCCGAUGACUCUGACUCGGAGCUCGACCUAAGCAAGAUAUCUGCUUCUUCAUCCUGCUCCUCCUCCUCGGGCUGCUCUGAUGACAGUGAGGGCGAAGAGGCUUCUUGUGGCGGGAAACUAUUUGAGGAGGAGGAGUCACUCCUGUCCCUGCCCACCUCCCAUGAAGGGAACUCCCCACAGCCCAGCGCCUCCGACCUGCUGUUGCAAGAGCGCCAGCGUGCCCAUGAGUGGCCAAAAGACCGAGUACUCAUCAACCGUAUCGACUUGGUGUGUCAAGCUGUGCUCUCGGGGAAAUGGCCUUCAGCACAGAGCCAGGCGGGCCUUUGUGUGGGCCAGGGAGAGAGCCUCCCCCGCUUGCACGGGGAGUACACCAGCUCUCCCAUCCCCCACAUCUGCCCCCUGGCAUCCCAGGAGGAAGGGACCACUUCCUUCACCCGCCUCAGGCACAGCGGCCAAGAGAAGGAAUUUACCGUGCAGAUCAAAGAUAAACACUGCAAGUAUGCCCAAUACUUGAGAGAAUUGCAAACUGCUGUACUCUGUGACACCGUAGCACAGGAAGAAGGAAUCAAGCUCACCUUCCAGAAGCACAGACUGGUCCCCAACGGCACAAUGAGGGACCGUCCCGCCCUCACCCAGAAGAAGAGUAGCAAGAAGAUGGUGGAGUUGGAAUUACAGUGUCUGGAGGCACUGAGGGGCCCUGAUAUUGACCUCGAAGCACGGAUACCAGUGGUGAAUAAGACAGAUGGGACACUGCUGGUAGGCGACGCUGCUCCUCGGAGGGCUGACCUGGAGGUGUGGCUGCAGGCGCACCCAGAGUUUACCGUGGACCCUCGCUUCCUGGCCUAUAUGGAAGAACGCCGGAAGCACCGGUGGCCCCGGUUUCCAAAGCCAGUUCCAAUAGAGCCGACCUGCCUGAUGGGGCUAGAGCGAAUGCAGGCCGCUGGCAUCUCUGCUAAUGGAAAGAAGGGUUUUUUGCCAGAUCCUACCAUGAACCGCCUCCUGCCAGGACCAGUAGGGACUGACGGUGCCCAGAAGCGAGGCCGCCAGACCCCCAUGGAGUUUUCCAACAUGAUGGCUCUGAUGGGAGCCAGCCGGGUCCAAUUAGGAGCCACGGGGCCUCUCUCCUUGCACCAUGCUCAUUUCCAAGCCGGGCCAGCCCACGGCUCUCCUAUCUCGUACAUGCCCUUCUCCACUGCAGCUGCUGCCACCGCCUCCUCUUCCUCUGGCACCCUGCUCCAUCCAACGCUAGGCCAUGCCAGCUAUGCCGCGGGCCACUUGCACCUAGGCCACCCCCAGCCCGUGGAUGACGACGAGGAGGAAGACGAGAUGGACGACUUGUCUCAGGGCUACGCCAGCUCAGAGCGGGACUUCUCCUUGCUCGACGACGACCCGAUGAUGCCGGCCAACUCCGACUCUAGCGACGAGGAAGGAGACGAGGAAGGAGAUGACUGAUCUGUCCCAGAAUCGGACAGAAGGACGCAAACGGGGCCAGCUUUCUGGGGACUCUCUGUGCCCUUGAUGUUGAAUUUGACGGGCGUGAGGACUCCAGGCCCGCUUGGCAUGUGCUGGUCGAGUUGCCCUCGAUCCACACGGCUUGCCGGGGGAGCGAAGCGGGUCUCUUGCCACACCCAGCCAGGGUUGGUGGGGCAGCUGCUCUCCCAGAAGGGUGCUCCUGUGUGGCUUUUUUUAAUUAAAAAAAAAAGGCUGUUUGGUCAGCGAGUCCUGCCUCCCCCUGCAUUCAAUGAGAAAUAGCCCUUGUGGCUGCAGUUUCGAUCUACCUAGGACAGUGAGACCAUGCCAGGGCCCAGCCGAGCCAAGAUGAUUUGGGUAUUGUUAAGCAGCUCCUUUUUUCCGACUCUCCUUGCAGCCUGCUCAUCUUCCCACCCCUCCCCCAGGUUCAUGUGCUGUAACAUAGUGCAAAAAGGGGGGGCAGGGUGUGGGGGGGUCUCCUUCCCUUUCCCUCUGUCCCCUGUCUCUGCGUGGGUGGGGUUUAUAUUUAUAAAUAUGUAAUAUGUCUUGUGUAAUAUGGCUGAGGCUGUGGGAAUGAAUUGUGGGGAGUCGAGUCAUGGAGGGUGGGUUUCGGGGUGGCAGGGGG